CCAAAUAGGCACACACCAUAACUUAGGCACUGAAUCCCGCUGGCAACUACGAUUUGCCCACAGCAGAAGUCAGCGGCGUUUGUGGUUCCGAGCUUUCAACCUGCGUCCCCGGAAGCAACUCUCUACAUGUAUCACUCUCAUGGCAACAUGCGUUCGGUGGCUUAGCGAGAUUUCGCGCCUCAGGGGGGCGCGUUGACGCUCGCCGCGGGCCAUGAGUGACCACAAUGCCCCUUCCGCGGGCCGGUUUUCCAGCCGUGGAAUGUUACAGACUAUGUUGGAGCAGAAUCAGCAACAGUUGCAGCUCUCUCGCGGCCUGGAAGCGCACUUGGGGACGAUGCUCGACGAGUCUACGCAGCUCAGCCAACAGUUAGCGGCAGCACUGCAAGAGUAUCGCGAAUCGCGGAGCUCCAAAAAGCGAUGCGUGUCCACGUCCCCGCUGGGUUGCUGCUUUCAGCCUCCUCUAAAGCUGGCGAAGGCGCCGCCUGAGCCCAAACCCGGUAGCACGACGCCACCAGCAUCAAGCGCCAUGGGUGCUGGGAAAGGCUUGGACGCUAUCGCAGGCUUGAGGCCGCAGCUGAUGACCGCUGCUGUGCGGCACGCCGCCAGUGGCGGCCCCCCUGACAAAAGCGGCGCACGCCAUCGCAACGACGACCCCGGAGCCUCUGAAACCAGAGACAACACCAAGCACGCUCCCGUGUCCCUGCGCGACAAACAGCGAAACAGUGACGCUGAACUGGUCGGCGCCAGCGCCGGUGUCCGAAUCAGCAGCGGCGGCGGCAACGGCGUCCGGCGGGACAGCGGCAGCAGUAGCGGCGGCGUACCAGCGCAUGCGCAAGCGCUACUGCUGCCACACUUGUCGCAGCCGCCGUCACCCGCAGCAGCGCGCGGCAACCUUCUCAACAGCAGCGCCACAGAGACGCGGGGCUUACAUGCCAAGGGAACCGUUCCUUCUGCGGCGGCAGCGACUGCGGCGGCAGCUCGGCUACGUCCACGCAGCAGCCGGCACACCGGUACCUUCGCCGGUGGCAGCCUGCAGCAGCAGCAGCAGCAGCCAAUGCUGUUGCGUGAUCGCAUCCGGCGCCACGCCCACCGGCACGUCGACGGCGGCGUGUUGGUCGCUAGCGGCAGCCACUUGGAGAUUAUUGCGUCACAGCAACCCGCCGCUGCUGCUGCUGCAUUGCGUGCAUGCGGCAAAGCUGACGUAGGCUUUGCCUCGCCAGUUGCGGCGGCGGCGGCAGGCAUCACAAACACGGCGCCGCAACUGGAGAUGGAGUAUGCUGCCGGCAACAGCAGAGACGGCAGCGGUGGCAGCAGGAGCAGCAACAGCAGUAGCUUCGGAGCACUUGCGCAGCUGGGCUCUCGCAACAGCUCGUCGCCACACUUCCCAUCGUCGCCCACGACCGCCGGCGGCCCCUCCUCCCCGCUCACGCUGCUGCGCACGCAGAGCAGCCACGAGCAACUGCCUCCAUCACCGCAUAUCUCAUCGUCGCUGAGGCGUUUGGCGGCGCCGGCGGCGCUGAACGGUGCUUGUGCGCUUGCCACGGCUCCUCAAGUUUCUGCUGGUUUGCCGAUUGCAGCUGCCGCAGCGCCGCCGCUGCGACUGCUGCUACCUCCGGCCCUGCCUCCACUGGCACCCAACACCGCUGGAACCAGCCGCAACACUUUCGCUGGUGGCGUUGGCAUACGGCUAUCUUGGCCGCAGCAGCACCCGCAGCAGGCCACAGCAAGCGUCGGCGGCACAGCAGGAGCAGGUGCGCCGUUCACGCAGCAGUGGCGGCCGUGUGCCCAGCAAGCGCAGCACCAGCAGCAGCCUGCUGCCGCCGCCCACGAUGGCGGGGGGCACGUCGUUGCUGCUGCUGUUCACCCCGUCGGUGGCGGCGCCGCUGCCGGUGCGAACUACGCGCGGACCAGCUCGGAGCAACUUGACAGCAUAAACUUUGAUUCUGUUUUGUGGCAGCUGGAUGAGAACGAGCUGGACGCAAUCUUGUUUAAGUAAGGCUAUGCAAUUCGCAGCUAGCUGGCUUCCAUACACGCUUCUUUCCCUCCUUAUUUUACUUGAUUCUCUGCAACGUUGCACGCGUUUCUAGCAUUCCGUUAUGGGUAGCGAUACGUACGCGUGCAUGACGUUCGCAGAGCAUGAUGAGUAUGUAUUCUCGUGUUUGUCCAUGUGUUUGCAUGGGGUCCGAGCGAUGGAACUGCGGCCAUGCUGAUGCAUGCCGGAACAGCAGGUGCGCGUGCGCCCGCGUGCGCUCGUAAGUAGAUAGAUAACGCAUACAACGGUAGGCCCCACCAACUGCAGCAGUAAUUGCAGCAGAGCGAGAGUGCCCGUUCACACACGCAUCGCAUGCACACGUGCAUGCGCGCGCUAGAGAGCGAGCGGUUGCUCGGUGCACCCUUCGUCGUCCUUGUCGGAGCUUGUUUGCUUGAAUACGACUGUCCUGCAUAGGAAUAAAUUUCUUUCAAUAAUUUGGUCGCGUUUGGGUGUAUGUUGGUUAUUGAUUGGCAGGUCGACGCUACAGCCGUUCAACCAACGAAGUGCACGGCUAGUGGCAGCAGUGCUAGCUGCAGCAGUGGAUGCCUGCUGGAUGCAAGCAAGGAAUGGUUUCGGCGGCGUGGGGGGUAUUGAAGCCAUGUACGUGCGUGUGGCCGGUUUGCCCUAACAAUCUAUCCUACCGCUAUCACGCACCACGUACACACACCUAGGGUGGCGACCGAUUUAUCGCACACACACACACACAUAUAUACACACGUGGAUGGCGUAGUGGUAUGGAGUGCGGAGUGUGGAGCAGCAAGCGUUCAACCGGCACGAAGGUGUGAGCAUCAAUGCGCACGGGCUUACUUGCUUGCUCAAAUGCUUGACGCUACCAUGUGUACGUGUUGCGUGUGCGCGCGCACAGGCGCACGUGCAGCAGUUGCAAGCAAAGCAAGGGCUGGUAGGCACAAGGGCUGGUAGGCACAUGGUAGGUGCGUGCCACCCUGCGUAAUGACUUGAUGAUGCGCGUGAAACGAUCAUGUCUGAAAACAGGGUUCAGUACGUAUGUAGGUGCUGAGAAGGCUGUAGAUAGAGGCCAACAGGGGCAGCGGCACGUCGACAUUUCCGCUGAACUUACUGUUGAUUGCUAGCAGGGCGCACAUGCGGCUUUCCUCUAUAACUGGGGGGUUAUUUAUUCCUGUGACCGUUUGAAUCACAGCCAGCCAGUGCAUGUGUUGAUAAGAAGCUGUACGCAUGGCUGACGUACGUACACAUAUGCGCGCGAGGCAGGGCGUGCGUCAUCGCCGCGCAAUGGCGGGCGCGGCAGCAAGGGCAGACUGGACUGCUGGGCUAUUUGCUUGCGCACGCAAUUAACAUGGGUGUUUUGCAUUGUUCGUUGGAGAUGAAAUGUAAACUGAAUCGGAAAGCCAUGAGUAAGCACCUCGCUUGCUUGGCAGUAUUUGGAAGUGGUGAGCACGUAAGGAGUUGGUGUGUGGAUGGUGUGUGGCCUCGUUGGCCACAGCAAACACACCAGGCAUGUGUGUAUAGUGCAUAUCCUUCUUCGCAUGCUGCACGGAAGGGUGGAUCGUUUUCGGAUGUACGUAUACGUAGCCUGGCUUGGGCGCAAACAGUCCUCGGUGUCGAGAGCUACAGCUGGGUUAAGCUAUCUAGCAGUGGUUGACGUAUGUAAUUUUACGGGAUACCUGGGUGGUUGAGCGCACAUCUUAAUAACAAGUUAUUGGCGCGCGUAUGUGUGUUACUAUGGGGUCGGAGGGAUGGCGCGUGGCUGUAUGUUCCGCGGACAAGCAAGCUAGCUAGCUGCAGUCGCCCGGUGCCAGCAGCCGCUAGAAGGGCCGGUAUCGCCAGUCGAUGGCGAGCUGCUGCUGGUGAACACAGAUGAUGAAUGUGGGAAUCAACGUGGCAUCACAUUGUGUGGAGCCAUAUGCAGCAGGCUGGGGACCCGUUGGGAGAGCAACAGGUAGGGAGGUGUAAAAUAUGGACGGCGGUGGGGGGCGUACAUACACACACACACACACACACACACACACACACACACACACACAGCCAUGCUUGCGUCUUCUGCAGCACGGCGUCAACCCUUUCCUUCUGCGGUGUUCUUAGUACUGUUCGUAGCAUUGCAUGACUUGUGUGAAAAUAAGAGAAGCAAGAGGCAAUGCAAUCCGGGAGGCCUGAAUGGCACCCGGCAGUGACUGCAUGCCCAGACGGAGCACGAAGGCCGCCAGAGCGUCGCCGGCAGUAGCAGCUGCCGACACUUAGGUGGGCCGGCAAAGCAUGCAUAGCAUGCAUUGUAUGAUGAUGUGCUAUACACAAGCAUGAAAUGGCUACAAUUAGAGCUGUAGCAAUAGCAAGUACGACGAUUUUGCUAUGCAAGGACACGCAUGGUAUGUAGCAGUAAAGCGCAAUGGGGCAGGGCAGGGCGGCAAACUCCGCGCUGUGUGGUCGUGUUGUGCAUGGCCCCAUGCAGCAAAACUGCACAAGUGCCUCUGCAUGCAUGCAUGGGUCGGUCUUGAUUGAUGGCGAUGAUGUAAUUGUGCUGUGCU